AUGAAAAGAAGAGGUGAAGAUAGAAGGGCUAGACUGAAAGGAGAAGAAAUUCCAUGGGAACGCAUGUCUUUCCCUCAUUUGAAGUCCAUGUUCAAAGCCGGAGGAAUGGUUAAUGUAGAACAACAACUUGUUGAUGCUAUUAAAGAAGAAAAGUUGAUGAAAGAUCAAGGCAUGGUUGAGGAAGCUAUGGAAGGAUUAGUUAUCAAUAUGAUUACAAAUGACCACCAGACUGGUCGAACAACCCCUGGUAGAGAAGAAGAUAGUCUAAUGGCUUCCCCUUCCUUACAACUCUUCUCUCUAAACUACCCAAAGUUCAUUCUGCAUGCUACCUUCCCAUUACCUCCCACAUCAAAACUAAACUCCAACCACAAAACCAAAGAUCUUUACCUACAAAAAGCCAUAAAAUGUUCAACAACAUCCUUGUCAAGUUUAACCACUCCUCCGGUAGAGGAAACUUUGGUCUUAAACGAAGACGACGAGAGACUGCUUUCCCAAAUCUGGAAGGAAAUUCAAGGCCGCCACGACUGGGAUGGACUGCUCGACCCCAUGAACUCCCAUCUCCGCCGCGAGAUCAUCCGCUACGGCGAAUUCGCUCAAGCCUGCUACGACUCUUUCGACUUUGAUCCACACUCCAAGUACUGCGGUUCUUGCAAAUACCAAGGACCCCGUUUCUUCGAAAAGCUCGGCAUGGCCGACCGUGGCUACCAAAUCAGUCGAUACCUCUACGCCACCUCCGACAUCAACCUCCCCAACUUCUUCCAGAAAUCAAAGCUGAGCAGAGUCUGGAGCACGCACGCAAACUGGAUGGGGUACGUCGCCGUAUGCACCGACGAAGACGAGGUCAAACGGUUGGGACGACGAGAUAUCGUCGUCUCAUGGAGGGGAACCGUCUCGUAUGUCGAAUGGAUUUAUGAUCUCAAAGACAUUCUUCAUUCCCCGAACUUCUCCGACGACCCUUCCAUUAAAAUGGAGUUAGGGUUCAAUGACUUGUACACCAAGAAAGAAAGAAAUUGUAGCUAUUGCUCGUUCUCGGCUCGUGAACAAGUGUUAGCCGAGAUUAAAAGGCUCGUGGAGUACUACGACGGGGAAGAACUUAGUAUCACAAUCACAGGGCACAGUCUCGGUUCAGCUUUGGCUAUAAUAACAGCUUAUGAUAUUGCAGAAUUAGGGCUUAAUAUCGUUAACGAUGGAGAUAAUACCGAUGAAAUACCGAUCACGGUGUUCUCUUUUGCAGGCCCUCGAGUGGGAAAUCUUAAGUUUAAAGAGAGGUGUGAAGAGCUUGGAGUUAAGGUACUAAGAGUGAUAAACGUACACGAUAAAGUACCGACGGUGCCGGGGAUUUUCGCCAACGAAAAACUUCAGUUCCAAAAGUAUUUAGAAGAGGCUGUUUCUUUUCCAUGGAGUUACGCACAUGUCGGCAUUGAACUUGGGCUGGAUCACUCCCACAGCCCGUUUCUAAAUCCGACUAAUGAUCUCGGUUGCGCCCACAAUCUCGAGGCUCAUCUACACUUGCUCGACGGCUACCACGGCAAAGGGCGACGGUUCUGCUUGGCUAAUAAGAGGGACAUCGCGCUUGUUAACAAGGACUGCAACUUCUUGAAGAGGGAGUAUGGGGUGCCACCACACUGGCGGCAGGACGAGAACAAAGGGAUGGUAAGGAACGGCGACGGGCUUUGGGUCUUGCCGGAGCGGCAAAGAGUGGAGGCUCAUCCACAUGACAUCUCCCACCACCUUCAGAAAAUACUCCCUCGGUCCCAUUUUUAG